AUGGCGGUGAUGAACCGGGUCGUCGCGACAUGCUGGACGUGCCUCCUCCUCUGCGCCUUCCUGUGUGAGCCCGUCCUGCCCAAGGGCGGCCGCGGGGGGUCCCGGGGCUCCUCCCGGGGCUCCUCUGGAGGGGGUUACCGCAGAGGGGCCUACGGUGGGGUCGGGACCCGCUCUCGCUUUCGGGUCGCGGGGGGGCGCACGUCCCCGGUGCGCGUAGCCGCCGCGGCCGCGGCGGGAGCAGCCGUGGCGCUGACGGCGGACAAAUGGUACGCCUCCGCCUUCCGCCGCAGCAGCGCGGACAGCUCGGGGGAGGAGCCGGAUCACUACAACCGGACCAGCGACUUUGACGCCCAAAUGUCCGGAUCACCCCACAGCGUGUCGUCCCUCACCCAGAUGCUCUGUGCUAUCGUCAUCACUGCUGUUGCAACACUCUCCCCUAAAUAUGGAUACUUAUAG